AUGGCUGUGGCGCCGGCCCUGAAGGCAGCAGCAGCGCUGAAGGGAGAAAGAGGAGAGAAGAGGGUGGCUGAAGAGGGGCUGGCGACAGCAGGAGACAAGUACAAAGUGCCACACAGUUACUUAAGGCAGAUGGAAAAUGAUUUAUUAUCAACAGAGGAACAAUGGAAGUUGCAACAUCAGAAGAUGCAUGAGAAGAAUCAUGGCUGUGAAUCAAUACAUAUGGAGAUGGUUCUUGUUCUCAUUGCAGCCUUGGUUGUUGCUCAGAUUGUGCUUGUUCAGUAGAAGCAAAGACAUUACACCAUAUAUAAUUUGAUCACACCGAUGCAGAUGCAGGUUGCUCCUCUUUAUUUCACCAUCAGAGUUUACUGGUAGAGACACCUGUCCAUGUGGAAUGCUCUCAGUUAUUACAUCAAUUUCAGAGCAAUCCGCAAGUCUCUCUUGGGAAGAACACCACACUUGGUCUACAAAUGGUUCCUCCUGAUCUAUAAACUGAGUUAUGUAAUUGGAAUUGUGGGUUAUCUAGCCAUAAUGUUUACCAUGUUUGGAUUUAAUUUAUUCUUUAGAAUCGAGUCUGAUGAUGUCAUGGAUUUUGCUGUGACACUGCUUUUUUACAGACUGUACUAUGGAGUAAUGGGACAAGAAUUUGCAGAGAUUUGUUCUGACUACACAGCUUCCACCUCUAGUUUUUACAACAUCAGUGGCAUACCAACAAGAAUGUCCAAUGACAUCUGUGCAGUCUGUGAGCAGAAAAUUUUUGUGGAUAUAAAUGAGGAAAGGAUCAUUGAAAAUACCUACCAGCUGUCCUAUAAUCAUGUAUUCCUUAAUGAUACACCUGAUACCAUGUUUCAUGAAUCCUACAUCCGUGGUUGGUGCACUGUUGGCAAGAACCAGACUUGCCUGUAGUGCCUUGAGAAAGUUGAUUUGAAGAGGAUGUUAAGUAACCCAUACCCUCUCCCUAACAAGUCACACGUACUGUAUGGACAACUUUUGGACUGUCUCUGCUAUCUGGUGGUUUGGCAACUGGUUGUUAUAGGCAUCGCCCAAGGCAUUAGUUACUCACUGGGUCUAGAAUAGCACUCAGAUUAUUAGUGAGAAUGCAAAGUGUUGGAUAUUACCUGUCUACAAUAAUAUGCAUAUUCUGUACUUAAUUUUAAAAGACUAGAGAAAAGAGCAGUUGAACUCUGGUGUGCUAUAUACCCUUUUGCAGGAUAGUGCUUCUUUUUGCAUUACAGCAAGACUGUGCAGCAUGCUAUUAAAUAGUUUUUUUAUUUUCUCAGAGUAAGAAUUAAAAUAAAUUGCUGCCAUUAAUGUGAAGGUUGUGUUAGGAAAAAAAAAAAAAGGCCUUAUUUCUUAGAAUGAAUAUCCCCUAGGAAAAAAAAAAAAAAAAAAAAAGGAACAGAAACAAACAUUUUAAGUUUGUUUCAUCAUUAAAUAUAUUGGUAGUAGUUUCCAGUUAAAAUUCUGACUACAGAAAAUUAUGCAGUAGAUAAGGAGGAUUUUAAGUCAAAUAAUGGCUUUGUAUAUAGCAAAUUCUGAAAAAUGUCACCCAGAUAGAUUGUUCAUUUGGCUAAUGUAAAGUAAUACAAGAUUACCGUUAGCUUUUUUUCUCUCACCUCUUUCAAGAGAUGUUGUAUUGUAACUCAUACAUCUUCCAAUGGCCAUUUACAAAAAGCUCUAACCAUGGCAACAUUUAUGCUGUGCUUGGUAGUCAGACAGGCCUAUAUGGGGAGAUCCUAUAUUAAGUCCUCUUUGACCACCAUGCUCAACAGGCCCAACUUCCAAUAACCAGCUUCUCAAACACAGAACAAAGUUACAGUCCCUCACCACCAAUUCCAUAUGUCACUAUUGCUUUUUAAAAACAAAACAAAACAAAACAGAAAACCUAGAUCAAAAUGGAUGCAUAAGUCUUGCUGCCAAAUUAGUGACCAAAUGUUUGACAUCUAUACUACCCUGGCCACACUGUGAGGAAUUGAAAUGCAGCGUGUCUAUGCAAGAACAGACAGCUCUGUUUAGGAAUCAGAGAAGCUGAUCUUAAAAUGUAAUUAGCCUAGCUGAAGCAGCUUUUAAACUCAGAUUAAAUAUGGUCAGUAUUUUAAGAAUCUUUGGUAUUAGAAGUCAGAAAUACAGAUUAUCUUAAUUUAUACUUUAAUGUAUAUAUGUGAGAAUGAAACAGAGAUUGCGUGAGGCCAUCUACCAAUGGAGGUAAGGUUUAGAUGCUAAAAAAAGGAAAUGAUGCAAUUACAAAAACAUUAAGCAAAUGAAAGAAAGAGCAAAUCAAGUACAUAGAAAGAAAGUGGCUUUGUUUUCUUAGAUGAAGUAGCAAAGUUAAUAAUUCUUAUAAUGCGUUAUGCCUGUAUGCAUAUAUGUAAAAAUGCACAUUAAUAAAUCGUUCAUUUGUGUUACACUGUCAGAGUUACCUAAUUGUGGGUAUAAUGGAAGAAUGUUUGUCUUCAGCCUUCUCAAUGGUUAGCAAAGGAGAGAGGGACUUCUGCCUUCACUGACACAUUGGCUGUGUGGACAAGAACUUCCUAAAUGCAGUAACACAACACGUAACUAGCUGUGUGAUGAGACUUCAAAUGAACCAAAUAUGUAUACAGAGAGUACAGAAGAACGCUUGGCUAGCAGGCUCUCUCCUAAAGCUUUUGCAAAAAUAAAGAUAAACAAACAACAUGACUGCAUAUCUAAACAACUUUUUCAUCAUUAAAUAUUUAAAUUAAACUUUUGCUAACGCUGCUGAUUAACGUGUGUAGACAAUUGCUGUGGUUUAACACCAGAAGGUAGCUCAGCACCGCACAGCCUUGCAUCACUCCCCCAGCAGUUGGAGGGGGGAGAGAAUUGGAAGGGUAACAGUGCAAAAACUCGUGGGUUGAGAUAAAGACAGUCCAGUAGGUAAAGCAAAAGCUGCAUGUAAGCAAAACAAAAUAAAGAAUUCCUUCACAACUUCCCAACAGCAGGCAGAUGCUUAGCCAUCUCCAGGAAAGUAGGGCCACUGUAACACAUAACAGUCACUUGGGAAGACAAACGCCAUAAUUCCAAACAUCCUCCCUUCCUAUUUCUUUCCCAUAAAUUUUUUUGCCAAGCAUGACAUUAUAUGUCAUGGGAAAUCCCUUUAGUCAGCUGAGAUCAGCUGUCCCAGCUUGUCUCCCCUCCCAAGUUAUCAUGCACCCCCGCCUACCCACUGGCAGGACAGUGUAAGAAACAGAAAAGGCCUUGAUGCUGUGCAAGCACUGUUCAGCCAUACCUAAAACAUCUCUGUGUA